AUGUCUAUAAAGCAAAAUUUCAUGCAGAUGUUCGCCAAACAGGACUUUGCUGCCCUGUAUAGCAACAUAGCCGAGACAGUCACCGGUCCAUUUGCAGAGGCAUUGGUUGACAUCUCAGGUGUAGCCAAGUUCAUUCAGAAGCCGCUGGCUGUCUUCGAUAAUGCCUGUGGAACAGGCAUUGUUUCAAAAGCGCUUCAUGACAUGGUGGAUAGCCAGGUCCAGAAAGACUGGCAACUUACCUGUGGUGACUUCAGCAAUGUUAUGGUCGAGUUCACGAAGAAGAGGAUCCAGAAUGAAGAAUGGCCGAAUGCAGAGGCCAAGGUUAUAAAUGCGCAGGACACUGGCAUAUCUACUGGAUACUAUACCCAUAUCUUUGUGGCUUUUGCGUUCCAAUCAUUUCCUGACCCGGACGCUGCUUUGAAAGAAUGCUUCCGGGUCCUUCAACCGGGUGGUUUGGCUGCAAGCUCUACCUGGCAAAAUAACAACUGGAUUGGAAUUGUGAAAUCCGCCAUUGAAACCCUCCCAGGAAACCUUCCAUUUCCCACGGCGAAGGAAUUCUUCUCGAUGUUCAAUGCAGGCUGGGAUUCCGAGUCAUUUGUACGCUCCAGGUACGAAAAGGAAGGAUUCGAGGACGUGCAAACCACUGUAGUCAUCAAGCACAUUUCAAUGCCAGUACCUACUUUUCUGAAGUUCAUCCAGCCUGUUACUUUUCCGGUUUUGGGUAAAAUCUGGACCCAGGGACAGCGAGAUGCGUACGAGAAAGACGUUCUACUGGCGGUGAAGCGGUACGUGGAAGAGGAAUAUGGUGCAGAUGGGUCGGUCACUCUGGAACUGGAGACAAUUGUUACCACGGCUCGCAAGCCUUUAACUCCUUUGGAGUCCUAG